AUGUUACUUUUAAGACACGACACUUCUGAUUUCGACCUGGCGCCGAUGACCACAUUUCCUGUACUGCCUUCGGAAAGAGAGAAGGAUGAACAUGGAAACGAGAAGAAUAGAGGGAGAAAAGAUGAGAGCAAGGUUUCUGUGGAUCCGCAAGGAGAAGAGACUUCGAAGACGGAGAAAGAUUGCCCGCAUAGGAUCUUUGAAGGCAUUUUUACCACUGAUCAAGAGUCGUCUAUCAUCCUAUGUAUUCCUCAAAGUCGGGUGUCCACACCGACCAGUGAGGCUGUUAUACAUCUAAAUGAGCCCAUAGCUGAUAACAGUAGAAAAAGUAGUACUAGAGGCCUUGCUUCUGUUUCCAACAGCCAAAGUUUCAGUGGCAGCGGUGCUUCUGUCUCCUAUAGCCUUAAUAGCAAAAUUUGUGGGAAUGACACAGGCAAAAGCACAAAUCUACUGCGCAAGCUUUUAGGUGGUGCUGAUCUUGAGACGGUGCGUAAUUGCAGUGGUCUUGCAGUCGCUACCGGCUCAUCAGGUCUCGCUUCAGGUCUUCUCCAAAACCUGAUCCCACCAGCCGGAUUAACCCUUAGGCCACAGUUGCCAAAGCCAUUCUCGUUGACAGAUCCUGCCGCACUAGCGCCGCUUUCGAGACGCUCUUCCUCAUUCAGUGGGGCUAGCCGUCGAUACCGUCGUCCGCAUCAUCCCGACCCUCACCAUCACCAAGCCGACGAGCUAGUAUGCUACAAUAGAGGUCAAAAGGAAAAAGCGAUGGCGGAACAGCAAAGUCAGCAGCAGCAGACACAAUGUUCCGAAAGCUCGGAUGGCGACAAAUGUUCUCUAACAGCCAAAUAUCACAGACCACAUUCUUCUGUGUUAGAGAAUCGACUGUCUCAUCUGGCACCGGAAUUCGAAUCCAUCUCUUCCUAUCCGAGCCCUACGACUUCUUCCAGUCGUUUAUCACCACCGCUUGCUUCCUUUGCUUUCGGACUUAACUCAUCUUCAUCUGCCACUGGAUGUACGACUGGCCUCAAUUCGAUUUCUGAUACCCACAUCUCCAGAGGUCCAUACAAAAUAGACUCAUCUGAUAGCGCUUCUGUCGGGUUGGCGCAGACCGACUCGAAUACUUCUGCCCUUAUUUCGGAAGCUCUAUCUUGUGGUUAUAUCAAAGAUCCUUAUUCCUUACCUUUUACUAGGUGUUCUACUAACACUACUACCUCAUUUACUGGUAUAAAUACUACUGAGAAUUGCUUAUCCGCUGCCCUCUUGACAGAGGAAAUGGAAGCCGAAAGAUGUCCCUCUUCUUCAUCUUCUUCUACCUUUGCCGCAAUCAGCGAACCUAUAGAAGGUAAUUUCAUUUCGCGACUUCUUGACGACUGCUGCAGCAACAGCAAUAGCAUUGACUGCCACGGCAGCAUCAAUAGUACACGGCCCUCCAAAAUUACUGCUAUCUCGAGUGAUUUUACCUCCUCGUGUCGUCCUACUACUGAGUCAAUGGUCCUUGGAACCGAGACCCCAUCAAGGUGUAUGAGUUCGGCGCUCGGGCUUUACAACAUAUGGCGAAACUGCAUCUCUUCUGUUGGCAUCCAUAGCGAUGCAAUAGGUAAAGAACAAGCCUCAGAAUUACCGGAAGAGAGAGAGAUGCGAAAGGAGAUAACAAUAGAGGAAGAGAGAGUAUGCACAGAGGAAGGUUUUUUGGGAGCCGAUGAUGAGCCGAUGACCCAGAUUGGCUUAUCUGGCCAGCCAUGUCUAGAAUCCUCAAGGAUCCUUCCGGUCAGCCCUAAGGACCUUAUUCAUCCCAACGGCCUGGUCACCGUAGCAGCAACUACUGGACUUCCGAAAGCAAAUAUCACCGAUGGCCCAUUUGAUCUAUCUGCAAAACUGCCUCUCAUGGGUAUGCAAAUUAUCGAAAACCAUUUGAUAUUAAUUACGUUGAUACUGAUGUUUUUUUAA